CACGUACAGUUAGUUAGCGUGUGUGUAAACCUUUGUCACUUGGUUUUAAUUAAACGUACACCACUGAAGCAUGUAAUUAUGUUCUUCACAAAAGCAAUAUCAGCGCGUGUUUUGGUAUCAUUUGUUAUAAUCAGAAUUGCGGUUGCAAAAGAGGAGAAACAUUUACAUCAAGCUGAAAUAGGAGGACGAGCUUAUGUUAACGAAAUGCUAAAGAAAUACGACAAAAGAGCUAUUCCGUCAAAAUAUGGCGAGCCUGUUAAUGUAUCCGUACAAAUAAUGGUGGCUGGCUUCACCACUGUUGCUCGUUUAGGGACAACUCAAUUCAACUUUGAUUUAUACAUUCGAAAGUCUUGGAGAGACUAUCGGUUAGCAUUUGGAGAAUUAACCGCAAAUAAUAGUUAUUCAAACCAACCAAUUGCAUUCACUUCUAAAUUUGUUAAAAAAAUAUGGACGCCUAACUUGUAUUUUACCAACCAAGUCAGGUCAAAGGUGUAUACUUUGACGAAACCAAACAUGGUAUUACUCUUGCAGAAAGAUGGUUACGUUUUAUACAGUCAAAGAAUAUCCUUGGUGGUGUCAUGUAUUUUAAACUUAACAAGUUUUCCUUUUGAUAAACAGCAUUGCACAUUUCCAAUUGAAUCAUAUUCGUACCCAUCUACAAGUUUGCGUCUGUUAUGGAACACGUCUCUUGGUGGACCAUUGAUAGCUCUACGACGUCUUAGCAUGUCAGAGUUUUCUUUUGAUGGAUAUGAUUACGAAGUUACUAAGACAAAGUACAACAAUUAUUACGACAGCUUACAUGUGACAAUGCAUUUAUCACGUGACAUAAACCAUUAUGUUUUUCAAGUAUAUUUUCCUUACAAUCUGAUUGUUAUGCUAUCCUGGGUUGGCUUCUGGAUUGAUUAUCGAGCUGCAAACGCACGAGUUGUAUUGGAUAUCACGUCCAUGUUGACUAUCACCAUGCUAGGUAACAGCAUUCGACCAACAUUCCCAAACAAUGGAAAAGAGCACACGUCUGCAGAUUGGUACAUCCUGACUUGCUUUCUGUUUGUGUUCCUAGCACUUAUUGAGUACGCUCUUGUUAAUAUCACCAAUCGGGUAUUGAAGGACAAACUAUCGAAGGAAAGUUUGUUGGCACAGCCUGAAAAAAACUCAUUAAAAAAGGGUGAAAAUAUAAAAGAAAGGAAAAGUCAGCAAGCCAACAACCAAGAGAAAAAGGAGAAUGCAAAACGAAAACAAAAUUAUCAAUGCAUCAAGAAUAAUAACAAAGAGAACCAAAAAGACGAAAGCAAAAGUCGAAGGCAAAACAAGUUAGUUUUUAAUCCAUCUGAGAAUCAACUUCAAUUUUCUCAUCUUCAGCAAACCCACAAAAAAAUUCAUAACAAGUCUGUAUUUCAAAAGAGCAAAGAAGUUACAAGGAAGAUGUAUCGACAUCAAAAACGAAAUAAAGAAGUUCACAUCAUCGAUCGUAUUAGCAGAUACGCAUUUCCUAUAUCGUUUUUGUUGGUUAAUUUGGGAUACUUCAUAACUUCAUUACUGGGAAAAGAUCGAUAAAGAUGUUUUGAUUUCGUAGCAUAUUAAGAAAACGUUUUUAUUGAAGAUAUUUUUUCGGUUUGUCUGUUCAGUAUUCAUAUUAAUGUGGAAAGUUUAUCAUUUCUUGAACAUGAUAGUUUAGUAGGCAACGUUUCGGGAGAUCCUUCUCCCAUCAUCCGGCAAAGUAAAAUGAUGUUGAGCACAUAUUUAUAUAACUGAAGAGGAUCGAAAUUCAUAAAAAUUAACCAAUCGGGAACGAGCUGAUAAUUACAGUUAAUUAUGACAAUUAACAUUUUUCAUUUGAAUUUAUAACAAGAAUAUGCUAUUUUUAUCUGAGAAAAAACUGCCCUUGAAUCGUCUAACAUGAGGAAUUAUUUGAAAAAAGUAAUAUCCUUUACGCUUAAUACACGGAUUUAUCUACCUGCCUGUUUAAAGCCAAACCUGUAUUUUCAAGGGAUGUUUUUUUAAGCGAAUUCGGUCAUAAAUCCUGUAAAUUCUACCUAAUAUUUGUAUUUUUAUUAUAAGAUGUAAUACAGUUUGGACAUAGUGUUUUGACCUGUUUUAUUUCAACGGGAUUUAAUUUCAGUGUUAACUUUUGUUUGUUAAAUGGCAAAACUAGUGCAAUUCUGAUAGCUAAGUUAGUAUCAGCACCUUUUAGCAACGUAGGAUACAUAUGAAGAGAACUAG